AUGUCGACCGCCGCCCAACCCACCACCGAAACGGUGCACGCCGGAGAGAAGCUCCCUCAGCAGGGCCUUCCCCAGCAGGGCGGCCCGGAACGGCUCUAUAUGCCCGUCCGGGCCGACAAGAUCGUGUCGAGCCGUGGCUUCUACAUCGCCAAGAUCGUCAUGGGCUGCCUCAUCCUCGCCUUCGACGUGGUCGUCUUUGGCCUCUCCGGCGGCAUCGCCGCCAGCUACUUCUAUGGCCCCUACUACGGCCUGGUCUUCACCCUGCCCGUCGCCAUCGUGUCCUUCCUGUGGCAGGUCGCCGAGUUCAUCACCCUGUGCGUGCAGAAGCAGCGCGGCAUCCACCCGGGCGCCCACGUCGGCAUGCACCUCGUCAUCUGGCUGGGCGCCGCGGCCUCGGUCGGCCUGAUGUCGGCCGUCAUCUACUUCGAGGACUACUACUACUACAACAGCUACUACGACGACUACUACUCAUCCGGCAGCCGCUACUCUUCUAUCUACAUGCUCUACAAGGCCCUCGUCGCAUUCAUGGCCCUCCUCUUGCUCCUCCACUUCACCCUCUUCGUGCGCGCCUGUGUCGAGUGCAACAGGAGGAACAAGGCCACCCCGACCGUCAUGCUCGUCCCGGCCGCCUACGUCGCCAUGGGCCAGAUGCCUGCGACCACCACGUCCUACGUCCAGGUUCCCCCCAACGCAUACACGCCCAACCAGGCACAGGCCAUGAUGCAGCAGCAGCAGCAGCAACCAACGCAACCGUACUACGACGCGCACACGAGCUACUACGCCCCGGCGCCCGUGCACCAGCAGCCCGUGCCAUACUCUACUCCGUCGCCGGUUCAAGGCCAGCAGCACGUGGGGGGCGCUGCAUGA